AUGGAGCAUCGACCGGUGCGGGAAAGCAACUGUCUGUGGAGUUAUGGGAAAAACUUAUCGAAGACCAUGCUGUUCGUGGCGCAACGGAGAGGAUCAACGCUUCGCCUUAUCUCUACAAAAAGCCUCAAAUUAAGGCUUCCACAGAAUUGAAAUUCAUCUUCAAGAAAGGGAAAUUAAGGCUUCCACAGAAUUGAAGUUCAUCUUCAAGAAAGGGGGCACGACCGAUCCUUGGUAUUCUUAUUUCACAUUCAUAGACAUCCACAUCGAUCUUUGAUAUUUGUCUUUCUUGCAACAUCAAGUAGGGGAAAAAGUCAAGAAUGCACUGGAAGACUGGAGUUGAUAAGUCUAAUCAGAGAAGGCCGAUGCAUGACAGGGCGGCCGCACUCCACAGGCGACUGUGUUUGUAUCCCUCUGAGAGCAAUGGUCCGUCAUGUCUGGAGCGAGCCUUUUGUUUUGAAGGUGGCGCGGAAUAUUUUCGCAAGUGGAGAGGGUUGCUUGGUAUGGAGCAGCGAUGUGACUUUGAAACGGUCUUCACCGAGUCACAGUCUGAUCAUCAACACAACUACAACAAAUAUGGCGACGCGUCAAGGUCAAUAAUGGAUAUCGGCCAAGUGCGUAUCAUAAGCAAGCGCUAUCCGGAGGUUCUAUAUAACUGGCCAGUGAUACACGUACAAGCGACUGCUUACAGGCAGUUCGACGACGUACGCAAUGGCGACCUGUGGAUCCUCAACGGGCGACCGUGCAAGCUACUGAAGCAAGGCCUGAGAGGCACCCAGACUGCAAAUGACGAUGCUUAUUGUGCAUUAUUGGACGGUGAAGAAGCUGACUUGCAUCUGCUCCAACUUAAGGAUGGUACCGCUCGAGCAUCGUCAGCACCAUGAUCCGUGGCUCUAACAUAAUCCAUAAUGUCUUAGAGCAUUUCCUAAGAUGGAUGAUGGCUUGCAAUGCAUUGCAUGGAUGGCAGGGCCAGGAGGAGCGAAGGCGUGACCUUUUUAAAAGACUACUAACUUGGAACCAUGCGGACGCGGUAGCAGGGGUCGUAGCUCUAAUCAAUGCGGAGGCACUACUGCAGACGUCGUCAAAUUUGGGAGUGCAGUGCCGAUGGAACGAAUGGUUCGCGCGCUAAAACAUUUUUCAGGUUACAUGCUGCCUGCAAGUACCAGCACGGGUCCUUUUGACGUGUCUCCGUGGUUACAGCGAGUAUUGCUCUUGGAUCAGAGAGAAAAUGAGAAAAUCGCGGAAGCUGUUCCGCCACUGCCUUCGAUUCCUUUCACACAGACACAAAGAGCAGCCCUAGAGGCCGCUACGAGUAUUAAGGGUAGCUUAUCACUAUCCCAUGUGGACUGUACUGAGUGAAGUCCCCCCUCCUGUACUGAGUGAAGGCCCACAGGGAGGAGCAUCAAAAGAGUUUUGAACAAGAUCAUCCGAAGGGGAAAAUAUAGGCGGAAAAGGGCAUCUCAUUCGACCAGGGAUAGUGAAAAACUACCUCGAAGAGUAGGCGGAUAACUCUUAUCCAAGGUCCUCCUGGAACCGGAAAGACGCACUGUGGAGCAGCCAUCGUUGCUUCCUACCUUGCCAAAUAUCCCAGUGCCCGUAUCCUAGUCUGUGCAGACAGCAACAUCGCCACAGACAAUAUCUGCUACAGUUACGGGCUUACUUAAUCUGGCAGCUGUCGCUUUGCAUUACUUACUUAUCAUCUUCUGGCAGCUCUUGCUUUGCAUAAAUACAUCUUAUCCUGAUAUUCGUUCCCUAUUUUGAAAGACCACAGACGACCACUUAUAUGCAAUCCGUCUUUUGGAUUUAGCCCAUCUAUGAGCAGCUGUUUUCAAGAACUUAGAACUAUGGAAGGAGAUUAUGAAAAACGUGGUGGUUCAGGUUCUAACAGAGGAUAAGUAAGGAAGGAGAUUAGGAAAAACAUGCUAGUUCAGGUUCUAACAGAAGAUACGAGAAUAUGCAGCACAAGCGAGAAUGAUUCGCUCUGGUGACGGCGGCUGCGAGGAGCUGAUGAAUUUAGUCUUGCUCUUAGAUGGCCAGUCUCAUGACGAGAUCGACCGCAUGGGGCCCUACGAACUGAGGCAGGCGCGCAGAACUGCAAUGGAUCGACAGCUCUCCAGAGCCCAGGUGCUAGCAUGUACUUGCGUUGGUGCGGGGGCAGGACAUCUCGAUGGACCCGGCUACGAUCUUGUUUUCAUCGACGAAGCAAGUUAAGGCUUUUCCUAAUCCAUCUCUGUAGAGAGCCCGCAAGCGUAGGCAUCCGAAUACAAGGGAGCAGAUAGCUAGCAGGCACAUUUUUGCAGGAUCCCUACAGAUGCUACGAAGUGGGAGAUGCUCUAAGCAAGUCAGGUGACGGAGCCCUCGGCGCUCGUCGCACUGCAGAGAGCAGGCAAAGACGUUAAGCAGGUAGUUAUGCUGGGAGAUCAUAAGCAAUUGCCACCUACAGUUUUCUGCGAUGAGGAGGCGCUUAGCGUUAGUCUCUUUGAGCGACUGAUAGACGAGGGAGUGGAGCCGGUCACGCUAGUGGAGCAAUGGCGCAUGCAUUCUCAGAUUGCAAAGUUUCCGAGCCAAGCCUUUUAUCAUGGAUGGCUUCUGAACGCUACAGACGACAAUAAAUUGCAAUCGAUUGGAGCGACCAAGAGUAACGUAGAAUUGGUCCACGUUGCACCCUUACAGCAGCAAGGAAACGAGACAAAACGAGGCCCCUCAGCCUGCAACGAGCAAGAAGCGGCUCGUUUAGUGGAAUACUUGAGUUAAGGCUCCUCUGGAUAUUUCAUGAUCUUGUUGAUCUCUAAGACGUAUUAGCAUUCGCCUCGGUUUCCCUUUUGGAGCCCUUUGAGACUAUGAGGGAGUUCAACAAAACAAGAUGAAUUAAGUACGACCUUCAGCGCUAAUUUUGGAAUCUGGAAGUGGCCUCGCCCAAAAAUGCCUACGCUGAGACACCAGCCUCGAUUGGAAUUUUAACGCCUUAUCUAGCGCAAAAGCAGGAGAUUGAAGACUUGCUUCGCCGAGACAGGUCGCUUAGCCGCUUGAACUUACGGCUACUACUUACAGAUAAUUCAUCUUUGACAGGGUCAACAACAACAGCAUCUUUGAAAAGUAUUACAGUAGUAAAUGGUCUAUUCCCCUGAUAGAUAUAGUACUGCAGAAAGUCAAAGUGUAGAAAUCAACAUCUACACCAGUGAAACCCUAGAGGGACAAUCCCAUGAAACCCUAGAGGAGCAAUCACUGAAUGGCGAACCCGGACAGCUGCUCUAAUGAAUAUCGAAGUCGACACGAUUGAUGGUUUCCAAGGGAUGGAGAAAGACUUGAUCCUUUUUUCGGCCACUAGAUCCAACCCCCAUGGAAGCGUGGGCUUUUUAGCAGAUCCGAGGCGAAUGAAUGUAAUGCUGACACGUGCGAAAAAAUCCCUCGUGAUUUUCGCUGAUGGUACAACCCUGGAAAAAUCGGGGUCGCCCUAUUGGGAAGCCUGGCUGAAGUGGGCUCGCCAGAACGCUGCAAUUACCGGGGACGACUUUCCGGAGAGUAGAAGAAGCGAGCAGAACAAGGAUUUUGAAGAUACAGGAACUAGUGGAGGCUCAACAUGGCGAAGGCGCGUGGAUUCUAGUAAUCAGUCGCAGAAGCGCUUGGCUCAGGAUUCUAGUGGCGUGCACCCUCACCCCCGGAGUUCCUACAAAUAUCUGCGUAAAGAUAAAGGGCAUUUAGAGGCGCGCAACUAUUUGUAG